AUGGUUCGAUUUGCGGAAGUGAGGCAAGAAUACCUGAUUACAUCGGUUUGGUUGACAGCUCGCCCGAUAACCGAACCAAAACCCGACCGACAAACAUGGUCGGUUAUCAGCUCGGUUGUAUUAUCCAAACGGUUCGGUUCGGUUCAACUUUUCUACUUCCGAGAACAAUCGGUUCUAUUGGUGGAAGUUGCCACUUUCGACCCUAAAGGUCGGUUGAGCACUCCUACUGUGAUGUAUGCAAUCAAGCUAGGCAUGAUUCCAAAUGAUCUGGAUAGUGGAUUUUGUUAUCAUGAUGACCACUGGCCUGGUGUAGGUAAAACUACAGUAAUGAGAGAGAUUUCUCGUGUCCUCUCGGAUGAGUUUCAGAAAAGAGUGGUCAUUGUUGAUACUAGCAAUGAGAUAGGUGGUGAUGGUGAUAUUGCGCACCCAGCAGUAGGGGGUUCCCGAAGGAUGCAGGUUCCAGAACCAUCCAUGCAGCAUAGAAUCAUGAUUGAGGCAGUGGAGAAUCACAUGCCUGAGGUGAUAAUCGUUGAUGAGAUAGGCACAGUGGCUGAAGCUCAUGCUUGUCGUUCGAUUGCUGAGAGAGGAGUCAUGCUUAUUGGUACUGCCCAUGGGGAGCGGCUGGAGAAUAUUAUUAAAAAUCCUACUCUGUCUGAUCUGGUUUGUUUGAAUCUCUUUUAUAAAUCCUUAAUGUGGAAGCUUUAUUUCAUUAUGUCUCUACAUUGUAUACCAUUCUAGCUUUGCUUCUUCUAGAGAUCUUUUCAUUGUAUGUAGUUACUUCGUGAACUCAAAGUUGGAGCUAAGUUGUUACUUUAUUACGUCAUAUUCUUUCCUUGGGACAAAGGUUAGAAUUGGGUGGAA